UACCCAGUUUGUUGCUAUCUGCAGACUGCAGUCACAGUGAAGACAAACUACCAGCCGAACCACGGGCUGUUGCUAAAGCACCUGAGAAUCAUUCCGUAACGCAAGAGGGAGCCAGUGGAAGGAGCAAUAUGGAGGGAGAUUCUUCACAUUCAACCACUACAGGCACUCUUUCCAGCAGAACAUCUCCCAUAGGUUGGGAAAAGACUCCUCCUAUGGAUGUAUUGGAGAAUGUCGACAAAGAAGAAUCUAUGGAUGAUGACCACAGUAGUGAAUUUUCCACAUGCUCGGAAACUGAUUCCAAACUUCUGGAAGAGGUGAAAAGACAAGGAAUGGGUCUGCCCCCUACCGGAAGAAUAAGACGACAGAAAUCUGGUGUAUUAUCUAUAACGUCUCCUACAAAACCCCUGAAGUACAAAGCUAAGGAUGUGCUGAGUGGAAAAGCAAAAAUGAAGCUUUCAAUUUACAAGAACUGUGGCCUUGUUACAGUACAUGUAAUGAGGGCGGCCUAUUUGUCUCAUAGAUAUCGGCAAGUGAAUGCUUACGUCAAGGUGUCAAUUUAUCCUGAGGAGGGUCAGCAAACAUCAUGGAAAACUUCUAUAGUGAAGGGUUCUAACAAUCCAGUGUUUGAUCAGAAGUUAUCCUUGUGAGUAUGCCCAAGGAAAA